AGUAAAUGCGAAGUAGUGUAAAGGUUUUUAAUGCUAGUACAUGAUAGGAUUUCACAGCCUAAACUUUGGUCUCAGAUGAAGUUGUUUCAGACCCUUCUCUUUUACUUAUGAACCGUGGAAUCAUGGAUAUGUUUCUAACCUCUCUUGGGACUUGGUUUCCUCAUCAGUAAUCAGGGAAUAUAUUAGCUCUUGGGUCAGUUGUAAUGACGAUGUUAGCUGUGUGUUCCUGAGCCUCAGUUUUCACAUUUGCAAAAUGCAAAUGAUAAUAUUAAUUCUCUUAUCUAUGAAAUAGGAACGAUGAUGACAACUCAUGGAGUUAAAUGAGAUCUCUGUAGAACGCUGGACAUAGUACCUGAUACACAGGAUGUCAUCACUAAAUGGUUGCUUCUGAUUAUUUUUGUCUUUCAGAUUGUUUACUUUUUGUAUCUCAAAUAGUAGUCAUUCCCCUGGCCCCAUCUUCUCCAGCUCAGACUGGUCUGGACCAUCAUCAAAGAGGGGAUGCUGACCAAACAGAACAAUUCAUUCCAACGAUCAAAAAGGAGAUACUUCAAGCUUCGAGGGCGGACGCUGUACUAUGCCAAAACUGCGAAGUCAAUCAUAUUUGAUGAGGUGGAUCUGACAGAUGCCAGCGUGGCUGAAUCCAGCACCAAAAAUGUCAACAAUAGUUUUACGGUCAUCACUCCAUGUAGGAAGCUCAUUUUGUGUGCUGAUAACAGAAAAGAAAUGGAAGAUUGGAUUGCAGCUCUGAAGACUGUCCAGAACAGGGAGCAUUUUGAGCCCACCCAGUACAGCAUGGACCACUUCUCAGGGACACACAAUUGGUAUGCCUGUUCCCACGCCAGGCCAACCUACUGCAAUGUGUGCCGGGAGGCUCUGUCUGGGGUCACGUCCCACGGGCUGUCUUGUGAAGUGUGCAAAUUUAAGGCUCACAAGCGGUGUGCGGUACGUGCAACCAAUAACUGCAAGUGGACCACGCUGGCCUCAAUUGGGAAGGAUAUCAUCGAGGACGCAGAUGGGAUUGCCAUGCCCCACCAGUGGCUAGAAGGAAACCUGCCUGUGAGUGCCAAGUGCACAGUGUGUGAUAAGACCUGUGGCAGUGUGUUGCGCCUGCAGGACUGGCGCUGCCUCUGGUGCAAGGCCAUGGUGCACACGUCGUGUAAGGAAUCCUUGCAGACCAAGUGCCCACUGGGCCUGUGCAAAGUGUCAGUCAUCCCCCCCACAGCACUCAACAGCAUCGACUCUGACGGGUUCUGGAAGGCCAGCUGUCCUCCAUCUUGUACAAGCCCGUUGUUGGUUUUUGUCAAUUCAAAGAGUGGGGACAACCAGGGAGUGAAGUUCCUCAGAAGAUUCAAACAGCUACUGAAUCCUGCCCAGGUCUUUGACCUCAUGAAUGGAGGACCACACCUUGGCUUACGGUUAUUCCAGAAGUUUGACACAUUCCGGAUUCUGGUUUGUGGUGGGGAUGGCAGCGUUGGCUGGGUCCUCUCUGAAAUCGACAGCCUCAACCUGCACAAACAGUGCCAGCUGGGAGUGCUGCCACUUGGAACUGGGAAUGACCUGGCGCGGGUGCUAGGCUGGGGCUCGGCCUGUGAUGACGACACCCAGCUGCCCCAGAUCUUGGAGAAGCUGGAAAGAGCCAGCACCAAGAUGCUGGACCGGUGGAGUGUCAUGGCAUACGAGACCAAACUACCCCGGCAGGCCUCCUCCUCCACCGUCACCGAGGACUUCAGUGAGGAUUCUGAGGUGCAGCAAAUUCUCUUCUAUGAAGACUCGGUUGCAGCCCAUCUUUCCAAAAUCCUGACCUCGGACCAGCACUCGGUAGUGAUCUCCUCGGCUAAAGUGCUCUGUGAGACGGUGAAGGAUUUUGUGGCCCGGGUAGGGAAGGCCUAUGAGAAGACAACUGAGAGCUCGGAGGAGUCAGAGGUCAUGGCCAAGAAGUGCUCUGUCCUGAAGGAGAAGCUGGACUCGCUUCUUAAGACCUUGGACGAUGAGUCCCAGGCCUCAUCCUCACUGCCCAACCCACCCCCAACCAUUGCCGAAGAGGCUGAAGAUGGUGAUGGGCCUGGAAGCAUCUGCAGCUCUACCAGGGACCGCUCAGUGGCAAUGGCCUGUCCAGCUCGACCUCAGAUAUUCCGGCCCCGGGAACAGCUCAUGCUAAGGGCUAACAGCCUGAAGAAAGCCAUUCGCCAGAUUAUAGAACACACAGAGAAAGCUGUCGAUGAGCAGAAUGCCCAGACCCAAGAGCAGGAGGGGUUCAUGCUGGGUCUCUCUGAGUCGGAGGAGAAGACGGACAACAGGGUGUGCCCACCGCUGUCCCAGAGCGAGAGCUGUGGGGCUGCUAAAGGGAGGAGCCAGCGCAAAGUGUCUAAAGCCCCCUGUGAAAAGGUGAUCAGCAAAGGAAGCCUGUCGCUGGGCAGCUCUGCCUCUCUCCCCCCCCAGUCGGGGAGCCGGGACGGCCUGCCUGCGCUGAACACCAAGAUCCUCUACCCGAGUGUUCGGGCUGGGAUGUCUGGGUCCUUGCCAGGGGGCUCAGUCAUCAGUCGCUUAUUAAUUAAUGCCGAUCCCUUUAAUUCCGAACCAGAAAACCUAGAGUGUUAUACAGAGAAAUGCGUCAUGAACAACUAUUUUGGCAUUGGCCUGGAUGCAAAGAUUUCCCUGGACUUCAACAACAAGCGUGAUGAACACCCAGAGAAGUGCAGGAGUCGAACCAAGAACAUGAUGUGGUACGGUGUCCUCGGCACCAAGGAGCUGCUGCACAGAACCUACAAGAACCUGGAGCAGAAGGUCCUGCUGGAGUGUGAUGGACGACCGAUCCCACUGCCCAGUCUUCAGGGAAUUGCUGUCCUCAACAUUCCCAGCUAUGCUGGAGGGACCAACUUCUGGGGGGGCACUAAGGAAGAUGAUACUUUUGCAGCUCCGUCAUUCGAUGACAAGAUUUUGGAGGUGGUCGCUGUAUUUGGCAGCAUGCAGAUGGCAGUCUCUCGAGUAAUUAAGCUGCAGCAUCAUCGAAUCGCCCAGUGUCGCACGGUGAAGAUCUCCAUCCUGGGGGACGAGGGCGUACCUGUGCAGGUGGAUGGAGAGGCCUGGAUCCAGCCCCCAGGGUAUAUCCGGAUUGUCCACAAGAACCGGGCACAGACACUGACCAGAGACAGGGCAUUUGAGAACACCCUAAAGUCCUGGGAAGAUAAGCAGAAGUGUGAGCUGCCCCGCCCGACGUCCUUCUCUCUGCAUCCGGAGAUGCUGUCUGAGGAAGAGGCCACCCAGAUGGACCAGUUUGGCCAGGCAGCUGGGGUCCUCAUUCACAGUAUCCGGGAGAUAGCUCAGUCCCACCGAGAUGUGGAACAGGAACUCGCUCACGCCGUCAACGCCAGCUCCAAGUGCAUGGACCGAGUGUACGGCAAGCCCAGAACCACAGAGGGACUGAGCUGUAGCUUUGUCCUGGAAAUGGUGAAUAACUUCAGAGCUCUGCGUAGCGAGACAGAGCUGCUGCUGGCUGGAAAGAUGGCCCUGCAGCUGGAUCCCCCUCAGAAGGAGAGGCUUGGGAGCGCUCUCACCGAGAUGGACCGACAGCUCCGGAAGCUGAUGGACACCCCCUGGCUCUGCCAGCUCACAGAGCCGGGUGACGAGGAGAACAUGAUGCUGGAUCUUUCUAAACGAAGCCGCAGUGGUAAAUUCCGCCUCGUGACCAAGUUUAAAAAGGAGAAAAACAACAGGAACAAAGAAGCUCACAGUAGCCUGGGCACCCCGGUUCACCUCUGGGGGACAGAGGAGGUUGCUGCCUGGCUGGAGCACCUCAGUCUCUGUGAGUAUAAGGACAUCUUCAUGCGGCACGACAUCCGGGGCUCUGAGCUCCUGCACCUGGAGCGGAGGGACCUCAAGGUACUUCCAGGCGUCUCCUCGGAACCUGCACCUGGGCCUCCCUACGGCUCCUUUCACCUCCGUCUUCAUCCCCUGGCCUGGCCUUGUCCCAGCACCAUGAUUCUUUCUAUUGUUCUUCUCCAGCUCAGGCCUUUGUGUGCCUCAGGUGACAGGUGGCAGUGGCCUUUGCCCUUGGCUCCCAGACGUAGUGGGGGGAAAGCCUUGAUUUUCUCAGGCUGCUUAUACAAGGAGCUACUUUAUCGCUGAGGCCCUGCUGGGGCCCCUGCGCAUUCCUUGUGCUGAGUUUGGCCUGAACAGCUCUGGCUUGGGACAGCACCUGGGUGAAGCAAGCGCACGGCCACGGGGUUCCUUCAAGGCAUCUGCAGGGGGUUGAGGGCUGAAAACACGGGGUGGUUCCUCCAGCACAGUUACAUGCGCUGCUGUCUUCACCUCAUGCAGAGCAGUGGAAUGGGGAGGUUGGCACGCGUGUGGCUGGGUCUGUGCCAGGCCUCAUGGGGCGCGGCCUCCUGGGCAUUGAGGUACUGGCCUAGUCUCCAGAGAGCGAGAGGCCCUGUGGUGUCAAGGUCACUUGGCAUCCCUUGCUCUCAGGCCUGUGUUUUGUCUGUGUCUUGGAUCUGUAUGUGGUGACAGCAGCGACUUUGUGGAAGGCAGGAGUGACACGUCGGCGUCUGCAUGGCUGUGCCUUAGGUGCCAUUUCCGUUUUGUUCCACUGUUCCCAUGUUAUCAUUUUCAUCCUCAUUUCUGUUCAGAAAGUUUGGGACUGUCGGUCUCAGGCCUGUCUGUAGAGCGUCUGGCCCUCUCUUCCCUGCACCCACGGGGACUGUCCUCUCCAUUGCAGGACCUUGGCGUGACCAAAGUGGGCCAUAUGAAGAGAAUCCUGUGUGGGAUCAAGGAACUGAGCCGGAG